GCGUCUUCUCGCCAGUCGCGACAGACCGCUCGCGGAGCGCGCAUCGCGAACGGUGCAGCGCGCGUUUCGAGCAAAUCUACUCCGGAAUUCUCCGUUCGUAACACUCGAUGACUCUUCGAAUAACGACGUUUCGCGUGAGAUGUGCAAAGCGAUUUGCGCGAAGCUGAAUGUCAUCGCGCGAAAUACGCCUCUCGUACUCGUCGGGAUUGUGAAUGACCGGUGGUGAAAUCGUUGGUGUGUUGUUGUUGUGACUGUCGCGCGUAAAAUUGAAGAAAAAAUAGUGAACACUCUUGAUGUCGUAUGCUAGUCGAUUUUGAAUCUUUACCGCGGGUCGACGCGCGGAUUUUUUUGCGAGUGCGCAGGACGCUGAGCUCAGCAAAUUCAGUAAAAAUAAGAAGAAGGAGGAAUGUUGAAACACGUGUCGGUCUCGCCGUGGAGAGGACGGGCAGACAGCGUGAGUCUCUCGUCCAGCGGCGGCGCGAGUAGCUGCGGAAGCGGAAGUCCCACUCCCGGUCACACACCACCGCCCUCGAGAGCAUCCUCAUGCGCCUCCCUGGUACCCCUAACAGCCCUGUCGAGCUUCCCGGCUGACGCCGCGCCCCAACAGACCACCAUCAAGGUCUACGCCAACUGUUUGCGACCGGAUAUCGAGUACAAAACCCUGAGUAUCACCUACCAGACGACCUGUCGCGAAGUCGUGCAAAACCUUCUCAACAAGUAUCGCAUGAGACAUCGCGAUCCUCGAUUAUUUUACUUGAUCAUGGAGGUGACCGUGAGGAGGGCUAACGUGCGCACGGUUUUACCACUCGACGAAGACGCAAGACCAGCCGUUCUGCAAUCCUGCCAUCCUCGCGGCGAUUCCAGGUUCUCGUUGCAGACGCGCCGUGGCGGACUCGUCAAAAUAUACGACAGCGCACUCAUGUCCGGGUCAAAGUACAAGAGCCUUCUGGUCUCGGAGCAGACCACCGUAGACGAGUUGAUCCAAAUGCUGUUGAGUUGCUACAGCUCCAAGGAACCAGUGGAGCAGUUUUCUCUCUACGAGGUCUGCGAAGGUGAAGAGUACCAAAGGAAGUUACACCCUGACGAUUCCCCUCUAAAAGUCACACAACGGUGGACCAGCACGGAUCGACAUCUUCGCAUCAGGCGCAAUCCGGAUUAUAGGCGGAAGAGCAUGUGGGCGUCCGACUCGAGCAUCAUGACGAGGUUGGAUCACCACGACAAUUCUCCCAUCCAUUACACUCCGAGGAUCGACAACAACAAUCACUUGAGUCUGCACCACCUCGCCGGAAAGACCGUCAGCAUUACCACAAACAACAACAACAACAACAAUAUUAUUCAUCGGGAUCAGCAUCACUCGGCGUCCCUAGGUUCUAUCAAUCAGACGCCGCGAAUCGUCAUUCCUCGCAGCGCGGAACUUCCGCAGAUACAGCUUCCGCGGGUGCAGCAACUUCCGCAGAGCGUCCCGUCGACGCCGAUUUCGUCGAAACACGUGACUGCCUCCUCCUAUGCCGAUUACGAGAACUAUCUCUUCAUAUAAGAUGAGAGCAAGUUGAAAGAAAUCGAGGAUCCGACUCGCGAAACGGUCAGAGUUACCAGAGACUUAUUGGAGAUCUAGGAAACAGACUCCUUUGUAGACUCCAAGUACUACACGGAGAGAAUUUUCUCUUAAAAUUUACCCUGAAAAUCGUAGUAAUU